CCACUGCAGGCCGGAUAUCAAAGGCUGCAUUGUGCAUUGAACUGCCUCGGUCCCCCUCGUGUGCCAGGGAGGAGGCGGGAGGAGGGACACCACCGAUGGGAGGCUCCCAAGGUUCUCCUGACUGGCGUUCCCAGGGGCCUUGGCCCAGGGAGGAUGGUGCACACAUGGGUGGCUGCUUCUGUAUCCCUGGGGAGCGGAGUCUACCCUGGGGCCCAGGUAAAGAAGGUUCUUCCAAGGAUCCGCCUGGAUUGACUGAGGACAUAUCCUCACUUGAAAACAAGAGAAAAUGUUUCCUGCCACAGAAUAUGACUCAAGACCUGGUGCUCUCAUUCUGGGUGAGGAGUCGUUCCAGGAGGUGUGUCAACGCAGCCUUACAGGAAGCUGCACGGAGGAGGCUCUGGGCCCUGGAGAAUGAAGCCCACGAAGUCCAUGCACUGUUUAAGGAUCUCUCUGCAAGGUUGGUGAGUGUCCAGUCCCAGAAGGACCAGUUCCUCAUCACCUUCAAGACCCUGGAGGAAAUCUGGAAGUUUUCCACGUACCUGAACUUAGGCUAUGUGUCUACAUGUCUGGAACACCUCUUCUUUGACCACACGUACUGGCUCAACAGCAGACUGGUGGACGACACAGAGAUCCAAGUGUCUGUGGACGACACUCACUUGGAAAACAUAUACCUGGGCCUCCUGCUGCAGGAAGGUCACUUCUUCUGCAGAGCCAUGUGCUCUGUGACUCAGCCAGCUGACAAGGAAGGAGAAUAUUUGACAUUGUGUAAGAACGAGCUGAUCUCCGUACUCUCUGGGGGCGAAUCCGACUGGGAAGGCAUGUCCUUAGUGACGGGCCAGAGGGGCCUGGUGCCGGUGUCAGCCCUGGAACCCCUGCCUGUCUCUUUCCACCAAUGGUUCCUAAAGAAUCACCCAGGAAUCUGUGGCCUUCCCAGGAAGAAAGACUGGACAGGCUCCUGUCAGAUCGGCAGAGGACGGUGCAAGGCUCUGAUGGAUUACCAACAGGAGGAAAGGGACGAACUGGGCUUCCUCCAGGGUGAAAGCAUUGACGUCAUCGGCUUUGUCAUACCUGGGCUGCGGUGGUUCAUUGGGAAGUCAAUGAGCUCAGGAAAAGUGGGCUUUGUCCCCACCAGGAGCAUAGAUCUCGAUUCCUGCUCCCCGGUGAGCAAGAACUCUGUCUUUUUCAGUGAUGAGGAAAGGUGUUCUCUCUGGUCCCCAGGAGGUGACAGGAAGGCUGAGUGCUCUGGCUUCCUAAGCGCACUCGCUCAUACUGACAUCACCUCUGUCUACCGGCUGAGUGAGUUUGAAUCCAUCCAGAAUCUUCAGAAUGACUUGAGCGCAUCUCAGCCCGAGGGCUUCAGGGAGGCCAGGUCUGGUGGGACCUGGAUGGAGCGGAAGACCAUGGGCUCCAGACGUUCCAGCAGUUCUCUAGACUCCAGCCUUGAGGAUGAGCUCAUCUCAGCCUCCUCAGACAGCUAUCACCUUCCAGAGCCUGAUGACCUCGAUGACCCGGAACUGUUCAUGGACCUAAGCACUAGCCUGGAAGAGGAUGAGAUGGAGCACUUUGCCCCCAUCUUGGCUUUUCUAGAUCAUGAAGGCUACACUGACCACUUCAAGAGCCUCUAUGAUUUCUCCUUCUCUUUUCUUACUUCGUCCUUUUACAGCUUCUCUGAGGAGGAUGAGCUAGUGGCCUACCUAGAGACUUCAAGGAAGUGGGCCAAGAUGACCCACAGGACGUGGGCCCAUGCCCGGCUCUGCUUCCUCCUGGGCAGACUAAGCAUCAGGAAGACCAAACUUUCCCAGGCCAGGGUAUACUUUGAGGAGGCCAUUCGAGUCCUUGACGGGGCGUUCGAGGACCUCUCCCUGGUGGCUGCUCUGUACAUCAACUUGGCAGCCAUCUACCUGAGGCAGAGGCUAAGACAUAAAGGGCCAAUCCUGCUGGAAAAGGCAGGUGCUCUGCUGGCCUGCCUGCCAGACCGUGAGUUCAGUGCCAAGAAUGAGCUUGACGUGGUGACUUAUGUGCUUCGCCAAGGGAUCGUGGCGGGGAGUGGCCCUCUGGAGGCUAGGUCCUGCUUCCUGGCCAUCCGGUUGCUCCUGAAUCUUGGCCGGCAUGAGGAAGUUCUGCCAUUUGCAGAGCGUCUGCAGCUCCUUUCUGGACACUCUCCUGCUUCGGAGGUUACAGCCACCAUGUUGAGUUCUCUGUAUGACAAGAAAUAUCUUCCACAUCUUGCAGUGGCCUCCGUUCAGAAACGUGGUCCCCAGAGUGCCCGGGGGAUGUCUGUUGCCAUUUGGCAGGCUUAUUUGGUUCUCCAGAAUGCCACAAAGAUCCUGGGUGUUCCUUUUUCAAGCUGGUGUGAAGUUUCUGCACUGGCCUGCCCAACCCUCAGGCAGGCCCUGGCUGCCUGUGAGGAACAGACUGACCUGAACAUCCAGAGGACCUUGUGUCUCCUCCUGUCCAAAAUGUACCUCCAGCACAGGUCUCCUGAUGGUUCUGUCCAAUACCUGAGUCAAGCACAUGUGUUAGGGAAACUCCUGGGUGAAGAGGAAGCCUUUGAAUCUUCUCUCUGUCUGGCAUGGGCUUAUCUCUUAGCCAGGCAGACGAAGAAGGCUUUGGAGAUCCUCGAACCGCUACUGUGUUCCUUGAGGGAGACAGAGUGUGUGACCCAGAGGGGAGUGGUCCAUAACCUCCUGGGACUGGCCUUUCAAGAUGAAGGUCGGACAAGCAGGGCAGCCAAGAGCUAUCUCCGAGCUUUGAUCAGAGCUCGGGAGAUGGGGAAUAUACGUAACCAGGCUGUGUCUAUGGCCAAUCUUGGUCACUUGACCCUCAAGUCCUGUAUGCAGCAGUCAGCCAGGGGUUAUCUCCUGCAGGCUGUCCGACUGUAUUCUGAAAUCCAAGCCAGCAAGGAGACAGAUAUGGAAUUGGUACAAGUGUUACUCUGGUUGGGCCAAGCUCUGGUGUCUGGACACCAGCUGGUCCACAGCCGCCUUUGUUAUGAAAUGGCACUGCUAUUUGGCUUAAGGCACCGACACCUAAACAGUCAACUUCAGGUCACCAAAUCCCUCUGCCAUUUCUACAGCUCCGUGUCCCCAAACCCUGACGCGUGCAUUACCUAUCAUGAACACUGGCUGGCCUUGGCUCAACAACUCAGGGACCGGGAGAUGGAGGGGCGGUUACUGGAGUCCCUUGGGCAGCUUUAUAGGAACCUAAAUACAUCCAGGUCCCUCAGAAGGUCCCUCGCCUGCAUCAAGGAGAGCCUGCGGAUAUUCGUCGACCUAGGGGAGAGAGACAAGGCUGCUGAGGCCUGGCUGGGGGCCGGGCGCCUGCACUACCUCAUGCAGGAAGACGAGCUGGUGGAAGUGUAUUUGCAGGAGGCCAUCCAGACAGCCUUGAGGUCAGAAGAGCUCUCCCUCGCUCUCAAGCUUUAUGAAGAAGCAGGUGAUGUGUUCUUCAAUGGGACCCGCCAUAGACAUCGGGCUGUGGAGUAUUACCGGGCUGGGGCUGUUCCUUUAGCGAGGAGAAUGAAGGCCCUGCGAACCGAGCUGCGGAUCUUCAACAAGCUGACGGAGCUGCAGAUCAGCCUCCGGGGCUAUGAAAAAGCUUUGGAAUUUGCCACUCUGGCUGCCAGGCUGAGUGUCCUCACAGGAGAUCAGAAACAGGAGCUGGUGGCUUUUCACCGCCUGGCGACCGUGUACUUCUCUCUGAACAUGUAUGAGAUGGCUGAAGACUGCUACCUGAAGACUCUAUCCCUGUGCCCGCCAUGGCUGCAGAGUCCCAAGGAAGCGCUGUACUAUGCCAAGGUGUAUUGUCGCCUGGGCCGACUCACUUUCUACCAGCUGAAGAGAGGGACAGGCGGCGAGGUGAAGGCCCACUUAACCACCAUGCCAGAGCAAGUGGCUCAGGGACAGAGAAUGCAUGGUCUGGUUGCAUCAGCCAAGGAGUCUAGGUACCGCAAAGGGAAAACCUGGAACAACUGUAAACAGAAGAGGCGGUUUACUGACUCCCAUAACUGGAAGCUGAGGAUGCCCAUGAUGCUACUGAAUACUUUUUGCUGGCACUAGCAGCUGCGGUCCUGGUGGGUGACGAGGAGCUGCAGGACACCAUUAAGAACAGGCUAGACAGCAUCUGCCAGAGUCCCUUGUGGCACAGCAAACCCUUGGGGUGCUCUUCAGAGAGGUCACGGUGGCUCAGUGGUGGGAGCCUGGCCCUCUGAAGAGACCCAUCCCCUUCUUGACCAUUUUGCCAUGGCUAGCUGCUGCCUUCCUGCCCCAAGUUCUUAGAUCUGGGCUGGGAGGAUUCAAGUUAUCACCUCAUUUUAUGGAGAAGAGCAAUGCCCAGAAGGAGAAGGGCUCUGUGAAGGGCAUCUUGGCUCUACACUUUGCUUCGGGAACUUUGCCCAGGUCACUGUGACUCUUCUACACAAACAGCUCCGAGAUGCUUUCUCUCAACCCAGCUCUGGAGAAAGGAGGAAAGCAGGCAGUGCACUGGGGAAAGUGUGAGCAGACUGUCUUGGCACCCUCACCAGUGUUCUCAGGGAAGACCCUUCAGUGUCUGUGGAGGAACCCAUUGUUUCUCUCUUGCUUUCUUCAAAACCGAAAGGAGUCAGUACUCGGUGCUCAUGGAGACUGCUGGCAGAAGGUUCCAGCAAGGUUUUGUCUCAGGAGAUGCAUCCACAGAAGGGUCAGGUGGAAUGUCCAGAGGUCCAACUGGGGUCCAUGUUCUCCAUUCUACUUGAAAGCAUGGCUCCUAUAAGACUUUCCAGAAACUCGAGUGAAGCUUAACUUGGUCUAAGGCUUGUGAAUUCUGCCAUACAUCAUAUGUAAAUACUGUAUAUUAUUAAAUAUUGGCUAUUUACAUUUA